UAUAUUUACACCAUGAUGGUAAUGAUAACACAAUAAAUAUCAAUAAAAGUAGAACCAUGAUCAUUUAUAUAUGUAAUAGUAUAUCAUAGAUGUUAGCAUAUCAACAUAAUUGAAAGUCUGAAUUUAUUGUGUUAAUGCUAUUAGAAAAUUCCCUGGUAGUAGAUGAAAGUGUUUCUCCCUAAGUCUGUAAAUUGUAUUAUUCAGUCGAGAUGUUGCCCAUUAGAAGCUUGGUCUAUAUUCAUAAUGAUGUCUGAGGUCCCAUUGUAUAUGCAGCAACAAAGGCUUCCUCUGUAUUUUUUUAUACAUGAGAAAUUUUCAGCGUGUGUAAAUUGUAUUAGUGAGACAAGCAGACAAGCAUUAGAGGCCUGGUCCAUGACAAAAUUAUUUAUAAUGAGAUCAAGAUUUCAUUGUACAUGUAGCCACAAGGCUUCUUUUUUUAUAUUUUUAACAUGAGUGUAUUGAUGCAAUGUCGUUCUGUUUUGUCAUUUUAUUUUUGUUAUAUCUUGGUGGUGCUAAGCUAGAUCAAUUUUUUGCCAUUGAAUUUAUGAGCGGCCUUUAUGUUCAGAGUUUGCACAUUUCUUCAGUUAAGCUGAAUGCAAACCGUCUUGUUAUUGGCACACUUCGGGGAUUCGACCAGUUCAUGAACCUGGUGAUCAACAACACUGUGGAUGUUAGUGGAAAUUACAACACCCAUAAUGGAAUGGUGUUUAUUAGGGGAAAUCGUGUUGUCAUGAUCGAGGCAUUGGAGCUAAUUUCCAAGUCACAGUGAGUCAUUGUUCUCCAGUUGAUGUAGCGCUAGCAGCGUGAAAAUUGAUGUAAAUGAUAUCUAUGAACCCUCUUGUACUUUAGACAUAACUGUGGAGGUCAAAGCUAUCUCUUUCCGGCUUUCCCUUCUUCCUAUGUGGUGCUUGUAGCUAUGCAAACAUCUACCCAAGUAGGCCUGGCUAAUAGUGCUAGCCCUAGGUUCAACGAUGGCUUCAUUUACUGCCUUCUCAGCGCUAACAUUGACAACAAGUCAUUUCUUCUAUUGUUCUACAUUGUCGUUGCCUUGCGCCCUUGCCUUGUGAGGCACAUGUGAUCUUAGAUCCAUCAUUAAUAUU